AUGAAAGAAUUAAAUCAUGGAUAUGUAACAUUUGUUAGAUUAUUUACAAUUUUAAAUCAAGAGAAUGGAUUUUUAGUUAAUAAUACAUUAAAGAUAAAGAUUGAUAUGGCAUCAACAUCACCAUUGAUUGAUAAUAUUAAUAAAUUUAAUCUUGGUUCAACACAAACUCAUUCUUAUCGUGUACCAAAUAUUUCAAAGAAAUUGGAUGCUUUUGUUUCUCCUGUAUUUCGUUGUUGUGAAAAACAAUGGGCUAUCAAAGUGCAUCCAUGUGGUCAACCAAUUAGUAAUCAAAUGUCUGUUUAUUUAGAGUAUAGAGAUCAAAAUGAAGAGAAUGUUUUAUUCUCUUUGGAAUUGGUUAGUCAAACUUAUCCUGAUAAAUCCAUAAAGAAUUGGGUUCAAUAUCUUUUCAAUAGUAAAAAUUUAUCCUUUGGUUAUCCAAAGUUUAUUGGUAUUUUCUCACUCUUUGAUCCUGAAAUGGGUUUCAUCAUAAAUGAUUCAAUCAUUAUCAAUGUAACUGUAAUACAAUUAAAACCUAUUAAACGUAGAUUUUUAGAAAAUAAAAAAGUUUUUUUUUUAUUUUUUUUUAUUAAAAUACAAAUGUCAUAUUAUAAAAAAAAAAAAAAUCCAAGAUGGUCAUUUUUUUUUUAUUUUCAUUUAAGAUUGAUUCUGAUAAAACACGAGCAAUACUCACCUAAAUUAUUUUUUAUUUUUUUAUUUUUUUAUUUUUUUUAUUUUUUUAUUUUUUUUUUUAUAAUAAGAUAUUCCAAAAAUAAGGUGCCAUUCCGUUUGUUAGAAUUUUUCCAAUUUCUUUUUUUAAUUUUUCUUUUAUCAAAAUCAUGUCACAUAAAAAAAAAAACAGUUUUUUUUUUUUUUUUUUUUCUAUAUUAUUUUUUUAAAUUAUAA